GCAAGCAACUCCACUUCAUUUCCAUUCACCGACAGCAUCCACAAUCAGUUGUUCAUUCACGCUCGCUCCCUAACGCACGCAUGUUCAACCCAGCAGCGUCGCAAUGUUUUCUUCCUCCAUCAUUCAACUCUCUCCACCUACGCCCUGUCCACUUGCCGCGUCCAAGAAGAGGCGGUAAAUCGCACUACAGACCGUCAUAAAAUUCCGACUUGCACCCUUCAAACGAGAGCAGGAAUGUCGACUUUACCAUGCCUUGACGUCCAUUUUACUACCCGCGCUGUCAUCGAGUGGCAGUCUGAUAACGAGUCAGAUCGCACGACACGUAUUCUGGCCAAGCCCGAUCCCAAAGUCAGCUCUAUUACGUUGACGGCUCGCUUCGAUUCGAAAAGUGCUCUUUUUGAUAUACACAUCCCCCUCAAGCUCAAAGGCCUUGACAGCACGUCUGAUAUUACACUUCGAGCAUGCGCUUCCUCCAUUAUCUCUCUUGACCUCGUUAAAAAUCCGAUCGUACAUAGCGAGGUGGAGCAAGAGUUCAAGUCGGCAGCUCUUGGCCUCCGUUUCCAACUGAACCGUCAUCUUGACAUCCUUGUCCCUACUCCUGCUCUCGAGCCAAUAUGUCCAGCAGGUCGAGCACGGUCAGGUGCUGUGCUCGAUGCCAUUCGCGAAUUUUCUCGAGCAACUGCCUUCACCAUCUACAUCGAGGCGCGCAAUGCAUCUCCGAAGCUCCAGUCAAUCAGCGAUGCAGUCAGCCGGGGUCUCUUCAAGACUUCUUGCAGCAGCCGCUUUCAGCUGGCUAGCAUGUAUGCCGGCCUGGGCGCAAAGAUUGUCCAACUUGGUGCAGAUGACACGCUUGCGCCGCCAUCUUACGAAGAAACCGAACCCCCACCGCCGCCGCCCCCGAUUGACCACAAGCCUGACAGAAAGCGCCCGCGACAAGAUACUGCGACCGAAUGCGCUGACGAUAUCGCCCUGAUUUGGGCUGAGCUGCAAAUGCUCAAUCAAGCAAAAGCUGCAGACGGAAAGCGCAUUGCAUUCUUAGAGAAGGAGAACCAGGAACUGCGAGCAGCCAUAGCCGAGCUCCAAGAACAAUACAAAGCCUUCAACAAGUCGCAACAAGACAUACACCAUAGCUUUGGAGCCCUUGAGACAACGGUUGAGAAGAAUACACAAGACUUGGAGGAGAGCGUUGGCAAUGAACUGGCAGAGUUGCGCGUAAACCUUUCACUUAACCCAAGCCUAUCCAUUAAACUCUAUCGUGUGACCUUGCGAGCGCUUCAGGGAACAUUUCCCAGCCAAGGACCCGAUACUUCAGCUGUAUCUACCAUUGCCAGUGGAGCUACUGAAGGCGAAAGCUUCAUUUCUAAUACCUUUCGAACCCUCGAUUAUAGAUCACCAUCCACGAUAUUUUGGACUCUUGCCACCUACACACUGUCUGACAGUAAAACGGUGAAUGUCAUCCCCGUCCAAAUCGACAACCGAAGCAACGACCAGGCACUAGACGUGCAGUUCUUGAUCAAUGACGACGGUGAGGCUUCAGACACGUUUCAGCCAUAUAUCACCGGCCUAUUGCAGACCGACGACGACCAGCAAGGGCAGCGCAGUAACAAUGCGAAUGUCACAGAUGCUCGCGAGCUCAGCUUUGAACUCAUCGUAUGGGCAAUGCCGGACCAGUUCCUUGAUCUCGGGGGCAGACUGCCACUUCAGGUGGUGAGGACUUUCCAAAUCAGAGUACCCCCUCUGCCAGUUGAAGCGGCAUGA